UGGUCGACACAACGCGGAAGUGAAGUGACAACAACAGUCCUCGCUGUCUGUCUCUCUCUCUGUCUGUCUCUCUCUCUGUGUCUCUGUGUCUCUCUGUCUGUCUCUCUGGGUCCAGAGGACACAUGGCUCUGCCUCCACAGCUCCGGGCCAUCCAGCACCACCUGCGGACCGCACAGGAGCACGAGAGCCGGGACCCGGUGGUGGCGUACUACUGUCGGCUCUACGCCAUGCAGACCGGCAUGAAGCUGGACAGUAAAACACCAGAGUGCAGAAAGUUCCUGAUCAAACUCAUGGACCAGCUGGAGACGAUGAAGAAGGAGCUGGGUGAAAACGACUCCAUCAGUCAGGAGGUGGUGGGGAACGCCCACAUCGAGAACUACGCCUUAAAGAUGUUCCUCUACGCCGACAACGAGGACCGACAGGGACGCUUCCACAAGAACAUGAUCAAGUCCUUCUACUCAGCCAGUCUGCUGCUGGACGUCCUGUCUGUGUUUGGUGAAUUGUCGGAGGAGAACAUCCAGCACAGGAAGUACGCCCGCUGGAAGGCCACCUACAUCCACAACUGUCUGAAGAACGGAGAGACGCCUCAGGCCGGACCCAUCGGCAUGGACGAGGACGGGGAAGGAGACGAGUACGGAGCUGAAGGUUUCUCCCACGGGGCCUCCUUCAGGGGAGGACCUCAGUCAGGGUCCUUUGAGGACCAGGACCAGAGUCUGGGACCGGGUGCCGGACCAGGGAUCGGCUUUAGUCCAGGUCCAGGAUUGGGGCCAUCGGGUUCACCCACCACCAACUUCAAUAACAUCCACAUCCCACCGGGGGCCCACGCACCAGCCAACACUCCCGCCGAGCUGCCUCCACCCACAGAAGCAGUUAAACCAGUGCCUGUUCCCAGAUCAGUGUCCAGUGUGGACCCCACGCUGAUCCACGGCCAGCAGCAGGGCGGCAUUCAUCUCACUCCGGAGGACUUCACCAAGGCCCAGAAGCUGUGUAAGUACGCGGGCAGCGCUCUGCAGUACGAGGACGUUGGCACGGCCGUCCAGAACCUCCAGAAAGCCCUGAAGCUCCUCACCACCGGCAAAGAAUGAAGCCUUUGUCCCAAACCUCCCCCGCCUCUCUGUUCUCCCCAGCAGCGCCGCUCUAUCUGCCGCUGAUCAAGCACACACACACACACACACACACACACACACACACACACACACACACACACACACACUGAGGAGGACGUGAUGGAAAUCAGUGUGAAACAAUGGCCGCCUGUGUCUGACACUGUGACUGACCGACUGCCUGCUUAUUAAUAAUUAGGACCCAGAGAUCAAAGCUUCCUUAUUGACGACUGUUGGCUUAUUUUCAGAUGCAUCAAUACUCUCACACACAGCUAAUUAAAAUACUUUUUUUUUUUUUUUGACUCUGAGUUUCGGCUCCUUUUUGAAGAAUCGAAUAUCAAAAAUUUGAUGAAAAAAUAAACUAAAAUCUUUCCUUUUCUGGAGCUGCUGUGGUCGUGUUUCAUCCAAGUGCUUUAGAAAAUGCAUAAAAAACAAAACCUUAAAAACAAACCCAUUAAUGGUGAAUGGUAGAGCUAGGUGGCUAGUUAGCUUAGCUUAGCAUAGAGACGGGAAACAAAGGGAAACAGCUUUUGUUCUCCAGUCUGUUUGUGUUCGGGACUCGACGGUGACGGAGCCAGGCUAGCUGUUUCUACCGGCUACCAGUCUUUAUGCUAAGCUAAGCUAAGGGUAUUUGUACAAAAACAAACUGACAUCCAUCUUUUCUUCAGACUCUCUGAUCUCUCACUCUGAAUGUUAUCAGCCGAUAGAACGGCCGUUAUCAGCGGCUAACGCGAGCGCUUUAAGGCCCCGAUCACACGAGACGCAACGGGACGCUUUAAAAACGCCCCUAUGGCAACAUAGCGGGGGUGCGUUCAAUACCAGGUGAUCAAAUGUGAUUAACGG